AUGGAAUCUGUAGCCUUCCAGAUUUGGGCCACCGUUUCUCUUCUGGCCCACCUUGCAGAUGGGAGCCCCAUCACCAGCUUAGAUGUACCUCUUAUGGAGGAAGAGGUGCCCUUCUUUGAUGAACAGGACGCCCUGCUUCAGAAUUUGCAAAACGAGCUCCUGAAGGCACUUAACCUCUCGGGGAUCCCCCUGGAAGAGGAAGCCAAAGUGGACCCUCCAGAAUAUAUGUUAGAGCUCUACAAUAGGUUUGCCAGGGACAAGACCUUGCUGCCAUCAGCCAAUAUUGUUAGAAGCUUCAAAAACGAAGAACAGAGUUCACGGCCCAUCCGCUUUAAUGGCGUACGGAGGUACCCUCUCCUGUUCAAUGUCACCAUCCCUCACCAUGAGAAGAUAACCAUGGCUGAGCUGAGGCUCUACACUCUGGCGGAGGACAAGCCACUCUACGAAAAUCUCGACCGGAAGGUCACCGUUUUUGAAGUGCUGGAGGGUGAACACGGAGGAGGGAAAGAGGGAGAGGAGAGGAAGCUGAGAGUGCUGGCAUCCAGGUUUAUUUACAGCACCGACAAUGAAUGGAAGACGUUUGAGGUGACAGAAGCCAUCAGGAAGUGGCAUCACUCUGACUCAACCACUCACCAGCUAGAGGUGCAGGUGGAGUACCGAGUGGGAGAGAAUCCCAACCCAGGAAGACACAGAGGCGUAGACAUCAACCUGGAACCCAAACACAAGCCGUUGUUAAUUGUGUUUUCAGACGAUCACAGCCAUGCCAAGAAAGAGGAGAAACACGAGCUGAAGGAGAUGAUGGAGCACGAGCAGAUGCAAGAGUGGCCGGAUUUAGAUUUGCAAGACUUCUCCAGCAGCCCCAACGAUCUGCUUCAGAUCAGCUCCAACAUCAUCUAUGACUCAACCUCCAGGAUCAGGAGGAAUGCCAAGGGAAGCACCUGCAAAAAGACGUCCCUCUAUGUGGAUUUCAAGGAGAUCGGCUGGGACUCCUGGAUCAUUGCACCCGCUGGCUAUGAUGCCUACCAGUGCAAGGGAGCUUGCAGCUUCCCUCUGGAUGGCAGCCAGUCGACCACCCAUGCCAUGGUCCAGACGUCCGUUCACUUGAAUGAUCCCCAGAGAGCUUCUCCUGCCUGUUGCGUCCCAACCAAGCUAGACCCCAUCUCUUUGCUCUUCUUGGAUAAAGGGAUCGUCACCUUCAAGCAAAACUACGAGGGCAUGUCCGUCUCUGAAUGUGGCUGCAGAUAGUAGCAGGAGAUGGGGCUCUUGCAUGGUGUUUUGGCUUUCGUGGGAUUUCAUGGUUCCAUCUGAACAGUUUUGAGAUGCAGUCAACUCCUUGAACAAGGGAAAGGGACCUUGGAGACGGGCAAGGGUUUAGGGAUGAUGGCUUGGAGAAAAGGGGAGGAGGGGGAUGGAAGGAGACAAGUGACCUAGACAGCAGCAAGCGGAGGCAUCUCCUUACCUUCAACUAGAGCUCCCUCAACAUCACAGGACUUUCUCUUCAAUUGUUCAUCCCAGACAUUUUACCAUUUAAGCAAUCCUGUUCAGUUCCUUCCAAUUUCCGGCCACUACAACUGAGCCAACAGUUGUCAGAAAACAUACCUAGCAUGAUCUGGCUGCCAGUUCAAUUCUAGUGUCCCUUGGAGACUGUCCUGGGAGGAAGCCGUUGCCCUUCUUAGUGACAAUCCUUUGCCCUAAAACCCCAGCCAGCAGCUUUUCUUUCCAACAGAGGGGCAGUCCAAUGCUCCGCUUGGACUUGUCCUGGGAGAAGAAGUUCAAGAAAACUUUCUUAAGCUGUGACACCUGAGGUUCAUACCGCUCAGUAAGCAUGGUUUCAUUAACCAUGAUUUAUUGAAUAAAACCAGUGUGUUGCAGCUGGAUUCCUGCAACACACCAAGCCAAAAGCAAAUUGUUAGGGGAACCUAAGUCAUAACCUUUUCCUUGUUUCCUUGCUUACUCAGAAAAAACACCGGCCUAGUGGUUGAUGCAGAAAUUCUCUUUCUGGAAAGUUCUUUGCUACUCCCUUCAUCCCUCUCAGGAUUGUUCUGCGUAGUCAGUUUAGUGGAGCCCUUCAGAUAGCAUAACCAAGACAUCCCUCAAAGCAAUUGCAUCUCAUUGCUUUGGACAACGCCACUCGGAUUGGGGUGCGCAUGAUACGAACCCUACUCGUCUCUUGUAUCGAUGCCCCAAUGCAACUCAGAAUCUGGCUGAUCGUUGUUUUGAUCACUGUUAAAGUUUGUGGGGAGGGGAGGAUUGUUUCGUGCUGAAAUUUCAGGGCUCUUCGGACAGAAAAGGAGCUCCCUCCUUACUGGAGCUGUCGAUUCACGAGACAGUUCUCCAUGCGUACGACGGAGGUCACAUGUCAAGUUUCCACCACUCCUCUCCGACAAAUCGUUGUGAUAAGAAGGUGUUGGAAUUGAGAAACGAUAGGCCUGGCGGUGCUUUAUUUAUACUAAGCUGCAAAUUGGUCAGAUUCUUUGGAAAGUGUAAUUGACGUUGUGUCUCGAGCCCUUUGUGGUCUUACUGUACUACGCCCCACCACUGAUUUCUACUUUUAAGGAGAGAGAGAGAGAGAGAAGUUGGGUUUUGAGAGCAACAACCUGGGCCCUUCAGGAGAAUUCUCAUGCAAAGCACUUGGACUUGCUGAAAUCCACCUCACCUUCAUCCCUGAAGCCAUUAUUUAUUGAUCUAUUUAUUGACUGUCGUCCUUGUAAUAUAAUGUAGAAUACAAAAUGUUUUAUUUUUGUGCUUGUAUGUUUACCAAACACACUUGGGUAAUCCUGUAUAUUGAACUGUUUCGUUGCUAAUACCAUCCCUCAGUUUCAACGGACUUUCUUCUUCAUUGUCUUUGUAAAUAUAUUAAUUUGUCCUUGUUUUUCCAUCUCUCGGUGUAAUACAAAAUACAGUGACAUCCAGCAUACAAUCAC